AUUGACAAACGCUGUCAAAUUAGACUGAGAACAGUUCUUAUGCACUCAGCUGUGCUAACAAAAUUUAUAUUUGCGAAUCAGAAAUACUUAAAAGUAAUCGUUUUAUAAAUUAAAUAAAUGUCAAUUAAAUUCAGUUCGACAUAAAGUAUUUGAAAUUACCAAGUUGAAGGCGUUUUAAAGAGAAGCCAUAUGGAGUAUUUGUUCGAGCACCAACAGUUGACAAGUGACAAGCCGGCUGUCCAGAUGGGUGCCACAAAUUUGGUUGAACUCGUAAAGCAACUUAUUAAAGAGAAACAAUAUGAUGGCGUUGCUUUAUUAUUUACCAGCGAGACGGAAUCUGAGCGUAAUGUGGACUGCCUUAAAACUGUUGGUAUUGAUCUGUUCCAUGAUGUUUGCAUACCCAAUCUCACAACGCAAGUUCACGAAGAACAACUUCCGUUAUACAAUUGUGCAGAGGAAUUAUUAUAUUUAAUUGCAACCUACGGGCCGAUGGAGGAACUAUUGCUAGAGCUGUUAGAACUUAUUGAAGAACAGAAAUCAGAAUAUGUAUUCUCUUCAUCAUUGCGUGCCUUACAAGAGGUGUUACUGCGAAUGGGUGAAAGAAAACCGCAAGCACUUGAAUGGAGUUUAAAUUCUAUACACACGCGUAUCGAAGGAUUACCACUGCCGAAAUAUCUGCAGGAAGGCUAUGACAAAAAACAAGGGCGACUACUUGAGCAAAAUGCGGAAAUUGAAAAAUUAUUGAUGCAUUAUAUCACAUUAAAUCUGUUCUACGAACCACUAUUAAAUGAUGUGCUCUCAAAGCAACGUCCAGUUGAGCAACCAUUCUUCGAAACGGGUAUUAAUAGGCGUAAUGUACUUUGUUGUUUCCUAAUACAAAUGCUUGGAAAGCCAUUAGCGUUAUUAGACUUAACAGCAGAUCAACGCAGGACAAAUACAUAUACAAUACAAUGCGCUCGCAAACUAACAGAAAGUGGCACUCGUUGCUUAGUCGAUCCACUACGUCUACUUUCCGUGGGUGAGCAGCGUGUGCGUUGGAAACGUUGCUUGAAUGGCGAGAAAGGUGUACAUGAAAUGAGCUCAAACGAUAUAUUUCUAAUAGAAGAAAAAUUGCCUUUAGAGUCUUUAGCAAUUUACUUUUAUAUGGUGUUUGUUGAGGAAGUUAGUUUGAACUGUGUGCCAAAAAUUUAUUCACCACUUUACAUAUUUGAAUCAAGUUUGUAUUAUGUAAACGAAUUAUUGGCUCAUGAAGAACCACCAUUGUAUGAACGCGCACUUCUGCUGGCAAAGCGACUGUGUGGCAAACUUUCCACUACAAAGAUACCUGCUAUUUGCUUGCAACUCGACGUGCAUAAGAAUUUUUGUAAUUCUCUUUGCAACGUUGUUGGAUAUUCGUCGCAAAAUUUUCUAAGACAGAUCGGCGUUAAACUUUUGCGUCAGUAUAUAUUACAGUUUGAUGAUGAGGGUAAAUAUUUGGUUUUAAAAAAUCUGCUGCGAACUGUAGCGCACCAUGGCAUCUCUGGCUAUUUGGCUAUAUUGUAUAAAGAUCUGGUAGCAAAUGCUCUAGUUUCAGCAGAAGAGUUACCUUCAUCCUUUUCUGGCAAGGAUUUCCACACAAUCUUCUUACAAUACAUAUGCCGUUUACCUCAAGGCGCAAAAACGGACCUUAUUGAGAAUGCCGACAAGGUGAUUUCCUCGCUGAACGCUUUACGAUUCUUCGCCAUUAAAGAUCUACAAAAUCGCACGGGACUCUGGGACAUAAUGCCGGAAAUAGAGAAACAAUUCCUUGUGCCACUACGUAAAGGAUUGGAUAUAUCUGUGGCACAUUAUAAGGCCGAAUUGAAACGUGUGGAAUGUGGAUUAGAUGGCGAAGUAGAGGCAGAUCGUAAAAAUUUAGAAAUCCUCGAUAUAAAUAUAGCCAAUGCCACAACUGAAAGCGGAAAAUUGGAUACGGAGUUGACUCGUCAACGUAAAACUGAAAUACUCAAUCAAAAUUUGUGUACAUUCGAUCUGAUACGAAGCCUCCUAGGACGCACAGUUGAGUGCGUUGAGAGCGCGAACAGAAUUUCGAAGAGCGCUGUCGUCUAACGAAAUUAUUUGUAAUUGUAUUAUUUAUUAAAAAAAAAAAUUAAAAUAAAACUAA